GUGCGUGCUGACGACUGUUCAGGACUGAGGCGUCGAACGUCGAGAAGAUCGUCACCAAGUUCUUCAAGUCGGGCGUCAUGCCGAACCAGAUCGGUGUCGUCACUCCAUACGAAGGCCAGCGCUCGUACAUUGUCAACUACAUGCAGUUCAAUGGCUCGCUGAAGAAGGAUCUGUAUAAGGAGAUUGAGGUUGCCAGCGUCGACGCCUUCCAGGGUCGCGAGAAGGACUACAUUAUCCUGAGCUGCGUGCGCAGCAACGAGCACCAGGGCAUCGGUUUCUUGAACGAUCCGCGCCGUCUCAACGUGGCGCUCACCCGUGCGAAGUACGGUGUGGUCAUCUUGGGCAACCCGAAGGUUUUGAGCAAGCACCCCUUGUGGCACUACCUUCUAACGCACUACAAGGAGAAGGACUGUCUCGUCGAAGGCCCGUUGAGCAACUUGCAGCCCAGCAUGAUACAGUUCAGCAAGCCGAGGCGCACGCUGGCGAGCUCGAUGGACCAAUUCCGUCGUCAUGAGACCACGGCGAGGGACUACCUCAGUGGCGCUCCUGCUACCGCCGUCGGUGCAACUCCCAAUCGCUCGGGCACGCCCAGUCGCUUCGAUACGAGCUUCUACAGAAGCCACGACGCCCUUGGGUACAUCCCUUCCGAUAUCCAGUCCUUGCGCUCGCAGGCAACGUACUCUUCUGGUCUCCCCUCCUUCACCGCUGCCGGUCCCUUCGGUGCCGUUCGCGGUGCCAACGGCGCGAAGCGCAGCAACUACAGCUACGCCUCCUCCAUAAUCUCUCAGGACGCUGGCCCCAGCACUACGGACGGCAGCAGCGUCGUCGGCAGCAGCAUCGGCAACCCGAGCAUGGCGUACUCGCAGAGCGACCGCCUCCGCCGGCGCGGCUCCUUUGGCUCGUCGUCCGUUACGGGCACGUCCGACCUCGGCAGCCUCUCGCAGUACGACUACAAGAGCCAGGACGACGGGGCAGACCUGGACGACGUGAAGUCGCAGUACACGGGCACGCAGUCUGGCGUUACAGUGUUCUAGCGCCGCGCGCGCACCGACCUCCGAAUCCGUCAAUUGUAGGGCGUUGCUCUGACUUUGCUGCGCUUCGCCUGUCUCUCUGGACACGCGAGCGGUGCAUCAGCAGAUGCUGCUUGACGGACGGAGGGUGACUCUCCGCUCCAUGCCAAUGCUAUCAUCGAGGUCACGGCCUCAGCCAGCUCCAUAGCUAGCUGGCAAGCCGCCUCGAGGGACGGAUGCUCAUUGCAUCCUCCCGACUCACGACGACACACUCUACCUCAUACGUGGUCGCGCACGCAGGUCAAGGACGAUGGGCCUGCUUGACCUGAUGGUCGACGACAAGCUGACAGGGCACGAACUUGCUCCAUGUCCUUAGGCCAUAUCUGGCCUUUCAAGCUCUUCGGGCGACUCGGACGCGCAGGCACCGAUCAUGUACAACUCAUCUCAUAGCUUCCGUGUCGAUAUAGCUCACUUUCCAAUGCAACUGUCUUUCGUGUCGCGUCGGCCUG